AUGAUUUUUUAUAUAAAGGAACAUUUUUACGGUAUAUGGAAUUUUAUUCACAUAACAUGUUUAGACAUAAUAUUAUGUAGUUGCAUUUUAUUAACUGUUAUAUUAUCGAUAUUAGUAUCAAUUUUUAAAUAUAAACAAAUAUGCUAUUUUAUAAUCAGAUUUAACCGUAAUAUUUAUAUUAAAGAUAUUCUAAAUAUAGAGAUUUUAUAA